GCUAGAUUUAAACCAGAGUCCCGCCCGCUGAAGAGAAGAGUGUCAGGUUUCCUAAAAGCUAAAAUAUUCCUCCAUCAUUAUCAUCACAAACUGCCCCGUUUCUGGUUCACAUCAGCGGGCUUUUAUGGACCAACUCCGCGGUGUUUACACGGUUAUUGUCUCGGAUUGUAGCGGCGUAGUUGCAUCUUCUCGGAUAACUGUUUAAAAGUUAAAAUAAAGCCGUUUGUUGUUAUCAUGGCGGAGGGAGCAGACAGCGGAUCAGUCAACACCGCGAAGAGGAAACAACCAGCGGGGAGAAAGAGCCGACAGAGCCGCAACAAAGCCUCCAGCAGCCGGGUGACUCUAGAGAAGGUUCUGGGUAUCAGCACAGCCAACAGCAGCGGUCUGACCUCUGACCCCAAAUCUGGGCUGAUCGCCUAUCCUGCAGGGUGCGUCAUCGUGUUGCUUCACCCGAAGAACAACAAACAGACUCACAUCAUCAACACUUCCAGGAAACCGUUCAGCGCGCUGGCGUUCUCCCACGAUGGAAAACACCUGGUGACUGGAGAGAGUGGUCACAUGCCCUGUGUGAGGGUGUGGGAGGUGGAUGGAGGGGGGGGUCAGGUGGCUGAGGUCCAGUGUCAUAAAUACGGAGUUUCCUGUGUGGCGUUCUCCACCAACAGCUGCUACAUCGUCUCCGUGGGAUACCAACACGACAUGACUGUUAGUGUGUGGGACUGGAGGAAAGGGUUGAUCAUUGCCUCCAACAAGGUGUCCAGCCGAGUGUUGGCCGUCUCCUUCUCUCAGGACAACAGCUACUUCGUCACCGCGGGGAACCGGCACGUCAAGUUCUGGUUCCUGGACGCCUCCAAAGAACGCCGGGUGAACAGCACGGUGCCUCUGAUUGGUCGCUCGGGGUUGCUAGGCGACCAUAAGAACAGCGUGUUCAGUGGGGUGGCGUGUGGGCGUGGCCUCAUGGCGUCCAAAACCUUCUGCAUCACCAGCUCCGGUCUGCUGUGUCUGUUCAACAGCAACCGCCAUCUGGAGGCCUGGGUCCACCUCAAGACGUCGUCAGCGAGCUGUCUGGCGGUCAGUAAGGACUUCCUGUUCUGUGGCUGUGCUGACGGAGCCGUCAGGGUGUUCAGCCCGUCCAACCUGCAGUACAUCAGCACCCUGCAGAGGCCGCACUGCCUGGGGGUGGACCUGGCCCAGAGUACACAGCACGGCGGCCUGCUCCCGGCCAGCCCCGGUGCUCAGUACCCCGACACGCUAGCGGUGACCUUUGACCCCGCCGCCAGACACCUGACCUGUGUGUACAACGACCACAGCGUGUACGUGUGGGACGUCAGAGACGUGAGGAACGCCACCAAGCUGUACUCUGCUCUGUACCACAGCAGCUGCGUGUGGAGCGUCGAGGUGUAUCCGGAGCUGCCUGAUGCCUCCGAGGCCUGCCUGCCUCCGUCCUCCUUCCUCACGUGUUCCUCCGAUAACACCGUCAGGCUGUGGCACGCCGACCCCCCCACCGGGCACAGGAACCUCUACAGCAACGACCUGCUGAGGAUCCUGUACGUGGGGGAGGACACGCAGCACCUGCAGGCGGAGGGGGAGAGGGGGGAGUGGGGGGAGGCCGCCGCCGGGGCUGAUGGGAAGGCUGGGAUCAGAGUGCUGGGAAUCAGUCCUGAUGGACAACACCUGGCAGCUGGAGACCGCUGCGGAAACCUGCGUAUCUUUGGUCUGGCGUUCCUAGAUGAGUUGGUGAAGAUCGAGGCUCAUGACUCUGAGGUUUUGUGUCUGGAGUUUUCCCCGACGUCCACCGGUGUGAAGCUGUUGGCGUCGGCCAGCAGAGAUCGACUGAUUCACGUCUUCAACCUGGAGAAGAACUACAGUCUGGAACAAACUCUCAGUGACCACUCAGCCUCCAUCACUGCAGUCAAGUUCACUGGCCAGAGUCCUGAGGUCCAACUCGUGAGCUGUGGAGCCGACAAAAGCAUCUACUUCCAGACAGCGGAGCAGACGGCAGAGGGUCUGCUGUUCUCCAGGAGUCACCACGUGGUGGAGAAGACCACGCUGUACGACAUGGACCUGGACGCCUCCAGGACGCACGUCGCCAUCGCCUGCCAGGACCGUAACGUCAGAGUUUAUGACGUGGAGACUGGGAAGCUGAAGAAGAGUUUGAAAGGCUCGUCCAGCGAUGAAGGCGCUCUGCUGAAGGUUCAGAUGGAUCCGUCCGGCUCGUUCUUCGCCACCAGCUGCUCUGAUAAAAACAUCGCCAUCUUUGACUACGAGUCAGGGGAGUGUGUCGCCACCCUGUUCGGACAUGCUGAGAUCGUCACCUGUAUGAGGUUCAGUCAGGACUGCAGACAUCUCAUCACCGUGUCUGGAGACAGUUGUGUGUUUGUGUGGAGGUUGGACUCUCAGAUGACGAGCGUCAUGAGGAAGAGGCGGGGCUUACAUCAGAGCGCCGCGGCUGAAGCCUUCAGCCGCAAAACACAGAACAUCAGGAGGGAGACAUUCAUCAGCGGACCGGCGUCUCUGCUGCCUCACACCGAGGAAGAGGAGGAGGAGGAGGAAGGGGAAGAAAAGGAGGAAGAGGAGGAGGGCGAGACGCCACACAGACUGGACCCCGCUCACGACCCUCAGCUGCUGCAGACCAAUGGGAAGCUGCCGCUGUGGUUCAGGAAACUGCAGGGUGAGGGCGGAGCCUCUUCUGCCGUCCAAUCAGGCUCUGAGCCUCAGCAGGUGCAGGUGCGGAGCCGGUGGUCGGACCAUCUGAACCCUCUGACCAUCUGCUCCGAGUUCUCCCCGAGUCCCACCAAGACACCGGAGGAGGAAGAGGGGGAGGAGGAAGAGGAGGGAGACUUUCACCCCCAGAGUCUGGAGAGUCUGCUGGGAGAGGAAGACGAGGAGGAGGAGGAAGAAGAGGAAGACGAGGUGCUGCAGAAUCCAGCGGGAAACCGCAGCUUCCUGCUCUACCCCUCUGCUGACAGGGACUUUGAUGUGGAGGGCGUGGCUGACCCUCAGCUGGAGGUCAGAGGUCAGAGGGCGGAGCCAGCGUGGAGCUCUCAGCUGAGUCCUGACUCAGCGUGCUACGAGGGCUCAGCGGGGAGUCUGGAGCAGCCGCACGACGCUGCAGACACGGACUCUCUGAGUCAGGGCAGCUCUGUGGGCAGUCUGGGUCUGGAGGAGGACGAUGACACCAACUCUCUGAAGAACCACUUUGAGACUCUGGCGUCCAGCCUGACCGACGAGAAGUUCGACACCGACCUGAGGACGCUGCAGCCUCCGGAGGAGGAGAAACACUACCUGAACCCUCGACUCAGCAUCUCCACGCGCUUCCUGUCCCGCUUCCAGGACAGAAUCAGGGCGUGGCCGAGCCGAGCUCCGCCUCCCGUCUCCAUACCGACCAGGAUCUCAGAGGAGAGCAGCGUCAGCAACCUAUCGGUGAGCUCUGGCGGCGAGGCGUCCUCCUCUGAGUCCACGCCGAAGGGCAGCAGCAGCAGCAGUGGAGUGAAAAGCAGCCGCUCAGUUCUUCGCCGUAGAGCGUCCUGCGCAAAUCAGCCCCUUCGCCGCCCAACACGCCGACGACACACUGUGGUGGUCGUCCAGUGCAGAGAAACGCUGCGAGACAUCACGUCCAGGACUCCCAGCAGCAGCAGCGUGGCGUCUGCUGGCCAGCCGGGGGCGCCGCGGCUCGGGUACCUCGGGACCACGGCCAGCUCCAGGGCCAAGCUGAGCCAGGACGCCCCCCCCUCAGGCCCAGAGGAGGAGAAGGAGAACCUGGCAGACCUGCAGCCUGAGACCCCCCAGCUGGAGCUCACCGGCAGUGUCUCUCUGUCUCCGCCCCCCGAGGCGUUGGCUCCGCCCACCGCCGUGACAUCACUGGGCGGAGUCGGGAGGUGCAGCGUCAGCAGCGUCGACGACGAGACGCUGACCAAUCAGAACCAAACCCUCAUCCUAAGCCCCACCCCCUCCGCCACUGCCUGUGACAUCAUUGGGGAGGAGGAGGGGCCGGGAGGAUCCACGGUUGAUCCAGAAUCAGACACGUUUUUGGGAGUCGACCCGCCCACGUCUUCCUCCUCUCCGCUGUCGGACCCUCACACAGUUUCAGGUUCAGGUGAUGAUGACGAGUGGCUCAGUCUGCAGCGAUGUCAGCAGGUCGCCACGGAGCUGAGAGAGACGGCCAGACACGCUGUCCAACUCUACCAACAGCUGUGUGCGGAGGCCGGUGGUUCUGGACAGCGUCUCCAGAGGGCGUCCGUCCUGCGUGGGGCGUUUGAUGGCGUUCUCUGUGAGCUGGAGGCAGCCCUGCGGGGCGGAGACAGGCAGGACGCCGGGCAGGUACAGGGCCACGGGACGCCGCAGGACGCUGGGACGCUGUCUCUGCUGGAGAAAUACUCGGAGCUGCUGGUUCAGAUGACUCAGAACAAACUGAACCGGAUCUGAAAGUGUACGGAGGCUCAACACAGACAAAAGUCACUUUAUUUUAUCAGUGUUACUUUGAAUGCACCUUACGUUUGUUGGUUUAUUUGUGUUUUUAAAUCACUAUCGCUCAGUUUGUACAUAAACUGUUUUAUUAAGUCCUUUAAUAAAUGUCUUUCAUAGA